UGCAUUGUCGGCAUUGCCAACUAGAGAAUGUUUAUAGAACGUGUUUAUUUUUGUUUAUUGAAGAUUAAUUCGUAAAUAGGAUAUUUUUGCUCCCUUUUCUUGAAAAUUUAACAUGAACAAUUAGUCUGCUAUUUAUAUUGUUAAUUUUUCUUGGAUUGUUGUGUUUAAUUUUUAGUUUUAAUGACUGCACGAAAACGGCUAUCCCUUGUGCUGAAUAUAGAGGUUAUUUAGAUCAAUCAGCAAUCAGAACCGGUUUGUAAUCAAUGAAGUCUUCAUAGCGAAUUAUUAUUUAUUAUUUUAUGAUUGAUUAUUACGGCGAAAGUUCUUCGUUGACGGAGAUAUCGAAACUGCGGUACAAAUAGUUAAUUAAUCCCUGCUGUGGCCACAGUAUCGCAUGUCAAUAUAAUAUAUAAUUGCUCUAUAGUUGAAGAUGCGAUUAAUCGACUGUUCCUUUCUACGGUAUUAUUUGAUGACAGAUUUUUUAUUUGGUAUUGUUUUUAUUGGGAAUGUUCCGCAAUUGCGUUAAUUACUCGGCUGAUGGAUACAAGGCCGCUCUGUAUAUGGAUAAGCAAUGUGCUGUCCCAAAUAAUUAUUACAUCAGGAUGAUAUUAAUAUUGACAUCCGGCGGACAAAUAAGGAUCUUUUGAUCGGGCGUACAUGAUGUAAAUUACAUCACGCUCGCGAAACGCCACGCUCCUUGUUGACUUUUUUUAUGAUUUGCUUCGGGGAGUCGGAAAGCGCCGCGAGCUAUCGUCCAAAAGUCGGCGGAGAAAGGAUUCACCCCGCGGGAUUUCGAUCAACCAAUCCAUCUCGGUCCUCAAUAAUCUGCCCAUCAAUCCUCGCGCAAUUUCCUCUUAUAUUCGCGCAGUACUCAAGAUGUGCGCUGGCGUUUGAGCUAGGACCCGCUACCGCGGCAGCUGCACCCCUCAGUCUAAUACGCCUAUACGCGCUUUUAUGCUUUCCAAAGGUCAGCGAUGACGACGAAGAGAAUCCAUACCUUCUUGUCUAGUGGUCCGAGAAACGCGAUUCGAGAGCACGAAGUGAUGUUGCGCGACGCGCCUUAGUUAUAUUAUGCAACCGGCUCUAGCCGCCGGCUUGAACUAUAUUUUCUUUUGCUCGGCUCACCUCGCGCUACCGAAGCAUCCAUUCACUCGACUUGCCAACAAGAGAGGAGCAUCGUUGGUGUAACCGGGAGAAUCGCGAUAGGUAUCCCGCGGCGGUUCAUCUCUCUCUUUCUCCACUUGAAUCGAUAGGUGACACAAUGAUUUCGCGAUCGUUGAUUGAAAUCCCGUGACACGUUUUCAAAUUCCAACGCACAAGUGCGCGUCGCAGAAGCGCGCGACAAGUCACAUUAAAAAAAAAAAAUAAUAUUUGAUUGUUCUCAAAUAUCGGCUCUAUCGAUUCCUGCGAGAAUCCAUCCAUCAUACUGUAGAAAUUUCGAAACGAAAGGGUACGAAAAUGAAGUAAUAAAAGCAGACAAUAUCUAUUAAUGACGGUAGAAUGUGAAUGUAACAAAAAUUGUUAAUGGGAAUUAACGAGAUGUUCCAAUUGUGCAUCUCGCGAAAAUGAUACGUCAAGACGCUGAAUUGCCGCGAUAAUGGUGACUUAUGCGUUUAUUCACAACACGAUGGAAGCAAGCAUUAAUUGUCUGCAUUUAGGGAGUAUCGCCGGUCAAGGAGACUGCGUACUUUCGAAAAGUCGACUCCAUCCCUACAUGAUAAAUAAGAUUGAAAGAUGCUGAGAUCGUCCGAGCAAGGGCGAUUAAUCAGUGAAGCACGAGUGAAUCGCUUCCCUCGCUCCCUUCCCAUUAUUUUGCCGGCGCGCGGAAUUCGAUGCUCCUUGAGAUUCGCAGUGAACAAGUUUUGAGAGUUCUCGCGCCUCACGUCUGGUACAACACAAGAGCGAAACAAAUGAAUGUGCACAGAUGGGUGUGCCGAGAGAGACAGAUAUGAAUGCACAGAUAGUUGAGUAUUCUCGAGGAAUAUCGUUGCACCCUUGUAUCCAGCCUGCAGAGCACAUCUAUCUCAUUGCUGAGACUGCAACAUUAUGCGAUACUAUAUACGAUGCUUCGCGACCAUCUCGUGUUGCUUCUCCAUUUGUUUCUUACCUGCUUGCGCAUUGAAUUCACCAAGAGUUUCACGUAAUGUCGAAACGAUCGCUAAAUAUGGAUUUGAAGUUCGGCCGUUCUAUCUCGUCGCAGAAAUCGCGAGAUGGUAUCGCACGUAUGCCGUCUAUCUCGCCAUCGCGAGGUGAACGCGAUGCCUAUUGGGAAGCGAUUACGACUCCGUCGAGGCGUCUAUGGCUCGAAGUGUGAGCGCUGUGACCCAAGGUGGAUCGUUAACCUGCAGCUAGCCACUGCAUUACUGACCAUUGUCAGCGCGUGUUACGCUGCACGGCUGGACAGCAUUUACCUCCCGCCCGGUAGCGCAGGGAACGCAGGUGGCGCAGGACUGAUUCACCCUCUAGGACACGAUGGGGGUGGUGUUAUUAAAAACAGCGGACCGAUUGGUCCAGGUGGACAUGGUGGUCCAAGCGGACCGAUUGGUCCAGGUGGACAUGGUGGUCCAAGCGGACCCGGUGGUUUAGGUGGACCUGGUGGUUACGGUGGAUCUGGUGGUUACGGUGGACCUGGUGGAUUCGGUUCCAGCGGUGGUGGCGGCGCUUAUCCUGGUGGUAAUGAAUUGGGUGGCGGUGGAUUGCGAAGAUCUGACAGUCAGGAAAUACCUAUUCUCGCUUACAACAACGAGAAUCCCGGCGACGGAAAUUACCAGUUCAGCUAUGAGACCGGAAACGGCAUUAGCGUACAAGAAACAGGUCAUCAGCAAGGAGAAUCCGAAUCUGUAAGCGGAUCCUUUUCCUAUACCGGGCCCGAUGGUGUGCAAUACUCCGUCAGAUACACGGCGGACGAGAAUGGUUUUCAUCCUGAAGGCGCUCACUUGCCGACACCGCCCCCGAUACCACCGGAAAUUCAACGAGGUGUUGAACUGGCACUCGCCGCCGAAGCCAGAGGAGAGAAUCAGGAUGGUGGAUAUUCACAUGGAGGAGACGGCGGAUAUCCUGGCGGAGGCGGUCGCGGCGGUCACGGCGGUCACGGAAGUCACGGUGCAUAUCAGGGACCGAGCUCGUACCAGACGAGCUCAGGCAGUGGAUACCAAUACUAGACAGCAAGUCACAUCAUAUGCAGGCACGCAUACCAUAUACUCUAUUUUUUGCGACUUAUGUACAUAACAAUAUAUCAUUAAUGUGAUUUUUUUUAUUUAUAUAAAACACGGGUAUUUUAUUUAUGGAACGCCCAUUCCCCCCCCAUUCUUUUCCCUUCAAGUCGCCUUCGUGCACCAGCUGCACGUUCAAACAAGACGGUCAAACUUUGUACGCUGUUAUAUCGAUUAUAAGAU